AUGUCACAAGUUCGCCAAAGGCAGGGUGGAGAUAACAAAUUAAAAGUUGGCGAAAAGACGAUCCACGAGGAAAAAAGGAAAGAAAGCAAAACACCAAACGAGGAUGAAGAAACCAAAAAAAAAGUUGUUGUCUCACCAGGAAGAGAUAAACAAAUAUCAAACGCGGUUUUAUUUUUUUUAACCGUUUCAAGUUUUAUAACGCGCUUUUGGAAUAUAGGUUAUCCAGCAGAAGUGGUGUUUGAUGAAGUGCAUUUCGGAAAAUUUGCGAGCUAUUAUCUCCAAAGAACAUAUUAUUUUGAUGUCCAUCCGCCCCUCGCUAAGCUUAUGUUUGCAGGAGUUGGUUGGCUUCUUGGCUACGAUGGACAUUAUCUUUUCGAGAAUAUCGGCGAGGAUUAUAUCAAAAAUAAUGUUCCAUAUAUUGGCCUAAGGAUAUUGCCUGCGACACUUGGUGCGUUGCUUGUACCAAUUGCCUACUUAAUUAUGAUCGAAUCAGGAUAUCCAAUUAUCACAGCUGCUUUUGCUGCUGGAUUAGUCUUAUUUGACAAUGCAUUGAUUACUCAGACUCGUUUGAUCCUUCUUGACGCUAUGCUUGUUUUCUUCAUGUUAUGCACUCUUUAUUCUUAUAUUCGAUUUUACAAGCUUCGUCUUAGGGAAUUUACGUUAGAUUGGUGGUUUUGGUUGGUUGUAACUGGAGUCUCGCUCUCUCUGACCACAAGUGUUAAGAUGGUGGGAUUAUUCACAUUUGCAACUAUUGGAGUAGCUGUUCUCGUUGAUUUAUGGGAAUUAUUGGAUAUACAACGUGGACUAACAAUGAGACAAUUUCGAAGACACUUUUUUGCCCGUUCUAUUGGCUUAAUCUUCACACCGUUAGCAAUUUAUUUAUUUUGGUUCUAUCUUCAUUUUGCCAUUUUGAACACAAGUGGCCCGGGUGAUGAUUUCAUGAGCCCCGAAUUUCAGGAAACCCUGCAUGGAAAUAUUAUGACAUUUCAAAGCCAUGAUAUACGAUUCAAUGAUACGAUCACUAUCAAACAUAAGGAUACUUCGGUGUUUUUGCAUUCUCAUUUGGACAAAUAUCCACUUCGUUAUGAUGAUGGUCGUAUUAGUAGUCAAGGUCAGCAAAUAACCGGGUACCCACACGAAGAUAGUAACAAUUAUUGGCGAGUUAAGCCAGCAAUUCCAUUUUUCGACCAAGAACGACCAGAAAACGAUGUAAUAAAACAUGGCGACUACAUUCUUCUUGAGCACGUCAAUAGUCUGUCUCAUCUUUUAACCCACGAUGUGGCUUCACCAUUAAUGCCAACUAAUCAAGAAUUCACUACUAUUUCUGUUGAUGACGAUAGUCGUUAUAAUGAAACAAUGUUCCAAGUCCUUAUUGUGAAUGGAGAGCCGGAUACUAAAUGGCGAACUAAAGCCAGUCAUUUUCGUCUAGUCCAUUAUGACACGAAAGUUGCAUUAUGGACACAUGAUGCUCCUUUACCUGAUUGGGCCUAUAAGCAACAAGAGGUCAAUGGGAAUAAGAAUAAUCUUGAAAAGAGUAAUUAUUGGUUCGCAAACGAGAUUAUAGGAAAAAAUGUAACGGAAGAUGUGCAGCCGAAGAAACCAACAAGGGAACUUGCAUUCCUCAGAAAAUUCGUCGAGCUUCAACGUUUAAUGAUUAGUCAUAAUUCUGGUUUAACAAAGCCUCAUCCUUACUCUACUGGCCCAAUCAAUUGGCCAUUUUUGGUACGAGGGAUUUCAUUUUGGACCAAAGAUAGCACUCGAGAACAAAUUUAUCUUUUGGGAAAUCCAUUCACGUGGUGGAUAGGUGUUGGAGCUUUAGCUGUGUUUGUCGGUGUAACAGCAGCUGAUGCAGUGUCGAGAAGAAGAGGAAUUCUCCCAAUUAUAGAUCCUGUGCGUAACCGCCUUUACAAUUCGGCGGGAUUCUUUUUUAUCGGUUGGUUUUUCCACUAUAUCCCAUUCUUCUUGAUGGGUCGAUCCCUCUUCCUUCAUCAUUAUUUGCCCGCGGUUAUCUGCAGUUACUUAUUGGCAGCCGCAGUAUUCAAUUUCAUGUUUGUGAAUUCCAUAAAUUACCCAAUCUCCGCAUCGGCAACAAAGAAAAAGAUUACACGUGUCGUAUUGACAGCCGGUGUCGGAGUUAUGACCAUAUUGUUUGGUAUUGCGUUAUUGGGUAUUGCUUCUGUGUUUUAUAUAUUCUUUGCGCCGCUUACAUACGGAACUCCUGGACUUGAUGUUAGCGGUGUGCUAAACCGAAAAUGGUUGGAAACGUGGGAUUUUCAUUUCGCUAAAUAA